GAUAGACCCAAUCGAAGCCAUAUUCACGCGUAGGGAGUGAGCGAUCCAUAUAUUAUACGUCCAUGCGUCGAGGGUAAGCAUGGACGUCGAAAUAGAAAUCGAACGGUGCAUACGGGAUGCCUCGGGACGGAUGGCCAGUAAGUAGCGAUGCCAGGAAUCACGGCCACAACUUACCGAUCGUCCAUUCUGGGAAAUUUUGUAGAUCUUUCCAAUAUAUUUAGUCGUUGACGAUCAUUUUUACCAGCCGCAUCCACCGACACAAUCGGGAAUCUUUGAUUGGUACGAUUCCCAAAGACACCGAAGUAAUGAUCUCCUUGACGUGGUGAAAGAGAAGUGUGCAGUCGUCGCCUCGACUGAAUUCGGGUGGCUUCGAGCAACAUUCGACAAACGAAAGCCGCGCACUUUUCGUGACCACCGAAGAGGCGCGACCUAACCUCACCCAGAGCUUCGCGAGCUCCGCGUCGAGCGCCGUCUCUCAUGGAAGCUAUGAGAUCCUGAUCUUCGACGAGGUCUUCCGAAAAACAAAGAGAGAAAGAGAGGGCGAGAGAGGGAGGGAGAGAAAAAGUCUCGACGCCGCAGUGGUUCUCGUCGAGCAGGGAAGAUGUCGCUGGUGCGCUCUAUCGGGGACGUGGUCGGGUUCCUGUUGCUCUCGUUGAUCGCCAUCUUGGAGAGCAUCGUCAAGUCCUUCAUCCCGGUCAAGUACAAGAUGAAGAACAUCUCCGGGGAGAUCGCCCUGGUGACCGGGGGCGGCGGCGGACUCGGUCGACUCCUGUCGCUGCGCCUGGCCGACCUCGGGGCCGUCGUCGUCGUCUGGGACAUCAAUAGCUCCGGCAUCGAAGAAACUGUAAAAUUGGUGCAAGCCGCUGGCGGUACGUGUUACGGGUACGUUUGCGAUCUCUGCGAUCGACAAGAUGUCUACAAGAAGGCACAAGUCUUAAGGGAAGAGGUUGGCAAGGUGUCGAUACUCAUCAACAAUGCUGGCGUUGUCUCGGGAAGACCGUUCCUCGAUACUCCGGAUGAACUGAUCAUCCGGACCAUGGACGUCAACGUAAUGAGUCACUUCUGGACCGUGAAGGCGUUUUUGCCUGGCAUGAUCGAAGAAAACAAAGGACAUAUAGUCAGCAUAGCGAGUCUGGCAGGUCACGUCGGGAUCCCAAAGUUGGUGGAUUACUGCACUUCGAAGUUUGCAGCGGUCGGAUUUGACGAAGGUCUCCGAAUGGAGUUGGAGCACGCGGGAUACAACAUCCAAACGACGGUCAUAUGUCCAUACUUCAUUCGCAGCACCGGAAUGUUCGACGACGUUCAAUCUAGGUUUGUGCCAACUCUCAGCUCCAAUGAAGUAGCCGAAAGAGUUAUCACUGCAAUGAGAUGCAACGAAAAGUAUGCCAUAUUGCCGAGCUACCUUCAGUGCGCCCUACUCCUCAAAUGGGUGUUCCCGUGGAGUUGCGUGGCAAUGUUCCUGCGCGGUUUGGUGAUGGAUGCCUCACCAGCGAACAAGCCUGCCAAUAUCGUAAACGUGCCAGAAGUGGCGAAUGUUUUGUCCAAGGAUCAGCCAGGAUCCUCGAUUCAUCAUCAAUUGACUAGACGCGUGUCCAGCUCGGAGAGGAAACCCUAGUCGCGAAACUUUGUUAGAAUCAUAACGCGCGAGUGACGUGGCUGGACUCCAAGAACUGGAAAUCGGAAUAGAUUAAGAUGAUUGCGCUUGUCGAUGGAUGCGAAGAACGCUUUAAGCGUGGAAAGUUUAAAUUCGCUCCGUCGAAGCUGAUCGAGGUUAUAACGACCGUAACGCGAAAUGAUCGCUGAGGCGUGUCUUGGGACGUUGAAUGGAUUUCCAUCGUCCUGUGUGCGAAGGACGGAGCUGCGGAAAUUUUAUUCGAAAUCACUUCCGAUUGUUGUUCGAAUGCGGGACCAAUGUUUUUGUUAGCGACAUGAUGGGGUUUUUGCGGAGACCGCGGCGACCCGCUCCGCCCCGUCAAAGUGUGCGACGGAUCCGCGCAACAGUGAACACAAUGUGAAACAUUUAUCGCAUAGGGGCGUGAGUUUUGAACUUGCACAUAACUACCGUUGACCGUGCCGUUACCGUCGGAAUAUAGGCGAUUUGAAAAUUGUCUGUAAUAUACCGUUAGCACAUACCGGCCCUCGGUAAUUCUUAUCGACGCAUAACCUGUUUUUCAUCUUCGAGCAAAUCGUCAAAAAUAUUUGAAAUUCUCCAAAUAACAUUAUUUUUAAGUAAAUGUCGUGACACCGUAUACGUUUUCUUUGUUCAGUUCAUUUUCUCCAUUUCUUCAUCGAAAAGCAUUUUAAAUAAAUGAAGUUCUUCGUUGGAACUAUCCGUUUUGGAAAACGUACGGACGCAAACGGUGUCAAUUGAUAAUUGAAAUGAAAAAUGUAUGUUUUAAUCCGAUGCGCUGCGGUCCGGGACGACAUUAACGUGCGCUCCUGCAUUUUUGUAAUGCGAUGCGCGGUUAUACCGUGCGCGAACCUUUAGAUUAAGAUUUUAAGAAAACAACGCGCCCAGGCUCUUAAUGCAGCAGCUCCGCUUCUUACGCGUAGGACGAUGGCUCGAGCUGACUUCAAUUCACAUUGUGCCACUACUUCUAACUGGGUCAAUUAUUUUGUAAUUCUGUAAAAUAAUCUUUUCCACGUUUGUAUAUAGAUGAUAACACUGGUGAUCAUUUAGAGAUCGUGAAAUGUUAAUUUUUUUCUGCAAUUCCUUGAAUGCUGGAAGGUAUAAAAGUGGUUGUAUAAUAGCGCACUUAAGUUCAAGUGUGUCCGGCGAAUUCUUUGUAACGAUUUCUAAAUGAAAAUACUUCGUCCUUUCUUUCUAUUAUAUCUAGUUAUCGAUAUCAACUAGUGAAUCAUAGGUAUUAAAUUUGAACCAUCGUCAAGUCGUCAUCGAUACCACUAAUCCAUGAAAUGAAUGAACUAAAACAAAUAGGAAGUGACGAUGUUGACAUUCAUAAUUUCUUUCGUUGUAAACAGUGCGGUAAUAACGGAGUAGAAAAUGAAAUAAGUACAUAAAAUUAUGCCAUGUAGUAAGAAAAGGAUAGAAAUAUGGACAUUGAAAAUGAAACAGAAGAGCAGAGACUCAGGGACAUUUUUGUACUGUUUCGUCACCGAGGUAACUGCAUUGGUGUAUUAUUUGAAAUAAUUUGUUACAAGUUUGUAAAUAGUUAAUACCGUAGUUGAGAUAAAUUAUUUUUGUUUCUGAAAUAAAUCCUAUUUGGCAGUUAA